AUGCAUUAUCUAAAGAUAUUUCUAUUUGUACCACUAUUGAUAUUGGCUAAUACAAUCGACAGUGCAAACUGGGAUUAUGGCAACCAUGGGCCUGAUGUUUGGAUGGAAAUGUUUCCAGCGUGUGGUGGAAAAAAACAAUCACCAAUUAAUAUUCGAACAAGAUGUACCGUUUAUCAAGCUUUUGAACUAUUUAACUUUACAUCUAUCCAUUACGAACAAAUCAAGUUCAAACUCACAAAUAAUGGACAUACGAUAAUAGCAGCACCGAAUAGUCCAACAAAAAUAACAUUAACUGGUGGAAAAUUGCAGGGCACAUAUAAUUUUGAAGGUUUUCAUAUUCAUUGGGGGCCAAAUCACAAUAGUGGGAGCGAACAUCAGGUAAAUGGUGUUAAAUACGCUGGUGAGAGUCAUUUUGUUUACAAUCAUAAUGAAACAGGUCAGCGUGCUGUGUUGAGCUUUUUCAUGGGAACCGAGCCACCAGCACAUCGUACAGUGCAUGAGAGAAAUAGCUCAAGAUCUGCUGCAAUGGAGCGACAGUGGCAAAAUUUCUUUGAUAGUGCACAUCAACUAAUCUAUGAAAAUAAUUCGACUACAAUCGAUCUAAAUUUAAAUGUACUCAUGCAAAGUGAUUUAACUCAAUUUUGGCGAUACGAAGGAUCGUUGACUACUCCAGAAUGUGAUGAAAAUAUCAUUUGGACCGUUUUUAGACGACCUAUUUUGAUCUUGGAUUAUGAUUUUGAAAAUUUUCGCCAUGAUUUAUUUUUCGAAAGUUAUCGUGGUCCACAACCGCUGUAUGAUCGACAAGUCUAUCGUAGUUUUACCGAAGAAAAUUAUUCGCCAAUACCCGAUGAAAAUUUGUGAGUAUGUUUAGAACAUUAUAAAAUACAUCAACAUGAACUUCAAACAGCAGGACAUAUACUUAAUAAUCAAAUAAAUGAUUCACGUCGACUACUACAUACAUUAACAUAUGAACGAAUGAUUGGGAAUUUUCAAGAAAACAUCGAUCAAUGGUCACAAAAAUGUAAAAAUGGAAUUGAUUUAAAGCAUGAAUAUAUGUCUGUUCAAUUAUCAAGUGUAAUUAAACAAUUAAAUAUAGAUCAAUUUCGUUCAAUACGAUUGGAUAAUAUUGAUCAAUUUACUUGA